AUGUUGGCUACCAAAAGUGAUAAAUCAAUAAUUUGUCGCUAUGGUAAUACCACUAUUUUAACAGUUUUAACCGUCAAGCCACUAACAAAAAUUAUUAACUCUUUUUUCCCCUUAACUAUUACUUUCGAAGAAAAGUUUUACGCAAUUGGGAAAAUCCCUAAUGUUUUUACGAAACGGGAAGGCAAGCCCAGUUAUGAUGCUAUUACUUCUGCUCGCUUAAUUGACCGUUCGCUACGAAGUUUCUUUCCGCUAGUCGAAGAGACCAAGUUUAUUUGUAAUCCGAGCCAGGAAAAAUUAAAUAAUUCACCAUUAGAGUUAAUUGUUAGUGCGAGCGAAGAAAAGAUUAUUAUGUUAGAAGCGGGCGCCCAAGAAAUAAGAGAAGAAAAAUUACAACAAGCGAUAAAAUUAGCCCACCAAGAAAUCCAGUUAUUAAUUGGCUUUUUUCAGCACAUUGCUAACAGUUUAGGAGUGAAAAAGGAGAAAAUGGAAGAAAAAGCCACAGAGGAAAGUGGAGCAGAUAAAUGA